AUGAAUAUAAGUGGCUACCUGCCGUGGUGGUGGCAGGCUACCUGUCUCAUAUGUACAGUAAUCGCUUUGGGUAUCUCUGGGUACUCUAUAACGAUGCAGUUUCUGAACUACCGGAGACCAUACGAGCAGCGAUUGACGGUGCGGAUACAACUGAUAGUACCCAUAUUUUGCAUAACAUGCUUGACAGCCACAUUGCAUCCUGCGAUUUCUGAACUUUACCUGGAUCCCAUAAGGGAGGUUUACGAAGCAUUUGUGAUAUAUACGUUUUUCUCUUUACUAAUACUAAUCCUAGGAGGUGAACGUCGAAUAAUUACCGAAAUAUGCCUUGAGCACAUCCCCUCUAGUCAUGCAAUACCGAUAUUCGGUAGAUUUAUGAGGAAGAUAGACUUAUCAGACCCUAGUGAUUUUCUGAUGGUGAAAAGAGGGAUACUACAAUACGUGUGGUUCAAGCCGUUUUAUUGCCUAGGGUCUUUAGUAUGCGUUGUCUGGGAUAUCCCAAAAUUUUCAACCGUGCUAUUAAUACUAUACAACAUCUCGGUUACAUGGUCUCUGUAUAAUUUGGCAUUGUUCUGGAAGUGCUUUUACAGCGACUUGAAACCAUUCAACCCGUGGAGCAAAUUCCUUUGCGUAAAGUUAAUUAUUUUCGCAUCCUAUUGGCAGGGCAUCUUAAUUCAGCUGUUGGCUAUGAAUGGGUGGUUUGAUAGCAAUGGUAGUUUCGACGCUGCUUACGUGUACCAAAAUGGGCUACUAAGCGUUGAGAUGAUUGGAUUUGCUGUUUUACAUUCCAUCGCAUUUUCAUGGACGACAUACUCUUCAAAAAGCAUGCCUCAAAGUGCCAGAAUGGCCUAUUUGCAUGCCUUGAAAGAUUGCUUUGGAUGUCGUGAUUUGAAGUGGGAUUUUGCAUAUACCCUGAUGGGUCCGACAUACUACAAUUAUCAGAAUUUUGAGCCAACUGCUGAUAGUUCAUUGAUUGCACGGGCAGAUCCAUCAUCUCGCAUGCGCAGGCUCCAGCAUGGAUUCAGAUUUGAAAACCAAGGGGAAAGCAGGCACUGGGUAAACUAUGGAAGCAUAUCUUCCGGGAAUAAUAGUUCGCAAUCGAAAAAAACGAGUCAUGAUAGUUUGGAAAAAUGGGAUGACAGCAUUGCAGGUCAAGGUUACAUCCCAAAUGAUCCUAAUUACCCCGUCAUAUCGGAUAUUCCGAAUGGCCAUCGCUACAGCCCCAGCAUCAACUCAUUAAGAAGAGAUGUCACAAGCAGGUCAAGCAUUGUUUAA